GGGGUUUGUUGCUAGAGUGGUGGUCGGCGACGAGUUCUUGCGCGGGCAUGAGCGGGUGGAGCCAUGAGAACGAACCUUCCAGGCUAGCGUCGUCGACAUACUAGCCCCAAGGCAACGACCUCGACUCGGACGAACGUGUCUUGACGCGCCGCAAGCGAGGCCGCCUGCACGUCAGGGACGCAGCGCGCUGGGGAAAUCGUUCAGUAGUACUUGUUCUACCGUCCACGCGCCGCCGCGGCAUCUUUUGGGGCUCAUAGGCUCAAGUCACAGCACAGCACUUUUUUAGCUCGUCGGCAAAAAUGAGUGUGUUAAUAUUGGGCGGCAACGGCGCCCCGGCCUCUAUGGACGCCGCCAGCACCGUCAACUCCUCCGUCGUCGCCUCCGUGGCGGCUCAGGUCCCGAAGACGUCCGCCGCCGCGCCUCUGUUGGUCAAGAUCGUGCAAAAUCUCGAGCGCGACCCGACGAACGAAAAGUUCCGCUCGAUUAACUUAGAGGGCAAGGCCGGCGCGAAGCUGGUCUCCGAGCCGGCGGCCAUGACUUUGCUAGCGACCGUCGGCUUCGAGACGCAGGGCAGCCGCCUCGUCGCUAGCGGCGCGCCGCCCGCCGGCGCGGCCGCGGCCGUCGCGCGGGCGCUUGCGCCCCCGCCUCUCCGCUCGUCGCCGCAGCUCAACGCCGACGGCACGCCCAAGGUCGUGGUCAAGGAGUCGAACGACGGUCCCCUCACGCUCAAGCAGCAGGCGCGCCGCGACGCCGAGCAGAAGGCCGCGCGCGAGAAGGAGGAGUCGAAAAGGCAGCGGCUCGAGACGCUCGAGAAGAUCAAGAAGGACAACCACGUGUGGGCCUGUGUGGAAAUCAACCAGUGAGUUGUGUUUUGCCAUGGAGCAGAUGAAGCUAUAAAAUGUGGGGCGCCUGAAAUUUGAUUUACACACAGGCGCGCAAGCACGACGAGAACUGGACGACGACGGAGGGCGUCCAGAAGGGCGGCAAGGACAUCAACACGUUCCGCGGCAAGUACGGCGAGGACAAGGGCGGCUGACCGUGCUAGAGCCCUCGCUUUCCCUCAGCCCUGCCUCUGUGACGGCCCGCGGCGCCCUUUCGCCGCGGACCCGACCGGCGGGCCCACCCCUCCAAGUCUAGUCCCCCCCAAAUGUGUCCAGAACUAACGUAAUGUUGAGUUACUCCCGAGAGCACUCCA